AGAAUUUAACCAACUCUGCCUCUCAAGCAACACAAAGGUAAAAAAUCACUAAGAGGUAGAAGAGAAGCCAUGAGUUGGUUCCUGUGUUCCGGCGAGUUAAGCAGAAAAGCUGCAAAUAAGAAGAAGAUCAAGAAGAACAAGCCAGAAGAUCAGAUCUCAUCAAUUUCAGAACAACUGAAGGCAAAUUCAGGACUGUCAGUAAAGGAGGGUUCUAAGGAUGGAGGCUCUGGUCACAUUGCAGCACAUACAUUUACAUUUCGAGAAUUGGCAGUGGCAACAAAGAACUUUCGAGCAGAUUGUAUUUUAGGUGAAGGAGGUUUUGGUCAAGUAUAUAAGGGGCGCUUGGAGAGCACGAAUCAGGUAGUGGCCAUAAAGCAACUUGAUUCCAAUGGGCUUCAAGGGAACAGGGAAUUCCUCGUCGAAGUAUUAAUGUUGAGCCUACUUCACCAUCCCAAUCUUGUGAACUUAGUAGGCUAUUGUGCUGAUGGGGAUCAGAGGCUUUUGGUAUAUGAGUACAUGCCAUUGGGAUCUUUGGAAGACCAUCUGCACGAUCUACCGCCAGAUGGAAAACAUCUUGACUGGAACACGAGAAUGACAAUAGCUGCUGGUGCUGCAAAAGGCUUGGAGCAUUUGCACGACAAAGCAAACCCUCCUGUUAUUUAUCGUGAUCUUAAAUGCUCAAACAUUUUACUUGGCGAAGGGUACCAUCCUAAGCUAUCAGAUUUUGGCUUGGCAAAGUUGGGUCCUGUGGGAGAUAAUACUCAUGUUUCCACUAGGGUGAUGGGAACCUAUGGAUAUUGUGCCCCUGAAUAUGCAAUGACUGGUCAGCUCACAUUGAAAUCAGAUGUAUACAGCUUCGGGGUUGUUCUUCUGGAAAUCAUUACCGGAAGAAAGGCAAUUGACAAUUCCAGGGCUGCCGGGGAACACAAUUUGGUCACAUGGGCCCGCCCCUUGUUUAGAGAUCGGAGGAAAUUUUGGCAGAUUGCUGAUCCAAUGCUCCAAGGUCAGUAUCCGGUGAGGGGAAUGUAUCAGGCUCUUGCCGUUGCUGCAAUGUGUGUCCAGGAACACCCUAAUAUGCGACCUGUCAUAGCAGAUGUGGUCACAGCCCUUAAUUACCUUGCUUCCCAAAAGUAUGAUCCUGAAGCACGGCAAUCACACAGCUCUAGCACCGCAUCGUCCACUCCUAGGUCUAGGAGGGAAGUUUUAACUUCAUAAGGGAAGACUUAUUUGAUACAGUUUCAUCUUCGGAAGCUUGUGAUGAGAGCGAGAUUGUUGUCACGACUAUAGGCAUCACGUUGCUUUCGGGUUUUUUUUUCCCUUUCCAUAAUGGGGUUUUAGUUUUGAUUCAAAAGUCAGUUGUUUGGAGCUCAGUAAUUUGUUGGCUGUAAAUGUAAUGGUGCCUGUUUAUCGGAAUUUUGCUCACUCCGGUAGCAGGUGCAGCGGUCGCUCCCGCCUUUCCCUUUUUUCGUUGCUUCCUCCUCCGCCCCUUUCUUUCAGUCGACUUAUACAAGAUUCUUUGAUGUACAAUUGAGCAAUGAGAUUUUUGAGCCUAUAUAUAAACUGGCCUCCCUAUAGAA